GUAACCUCCACCAUCUAAUUACUGAUAUCCCGGUAUACUAAUCUACUAUACCCGGAUCCUCACAAUCAUGAAAGUGACUCUUACACUAAAACGACCCCCCUCCGCUGAUGACAUUACCUACCUCCAUCAGUCCCUCAAGGCCAUUCAUCCGGAAGUUACUGAAACCUCGCGCGAGGAUCUCCGCAUCAGCUUUGCGGCCCCUACAACAGACAUUGAAGCUUUUGUGGAUUUAUUUAGUUCAUGGCUUCAUUCUUCUUCGCCGGAUGUGAUUAUGGAGGGGUAUGCUGUGGUUUCUGAUAUAUGAUAUUUCUCUUGUUUUCCCUCUCUUUUUGUGGACUCG